AUGCUGGAUCCGAUCGGAUCUUACCGGAUCCGACCAUCCGACAAAAUCCGAUCGGAUAUCUGGAAAUGGAAUUGCAUUGGAAUCCGACUAGAAAAAUCCCAAAGUCCAGGAAAUCCAUGUUUCGGGUCCGACGAGAGCCGAUCGGAUCCGAGACCGUCGGAAUCCAAUGCGAUUCCGUCACCAGGAUUUCAUCGGAUCCGUCGAAUUCCUGUAGGAUCCGAGUCCUCCACAAUUAUCAGCAUUUGUUCAUUCCGGUUCGGAAUCGAAGUUCGAAGACUUGCCUACUUCUACUCCGCAAAACAACGAGAAAAAACCUCCGACAACAGAAUCGCCCACACCCUCAUCCUGCUAUCUAUGUUUUGUGUCAAACAAGAACCAUAUUUUGUCAUCAAUCAAAUCAUUAAAGAAAUCAUUCUCGAUUCCGACGAAAUGACUGAAGCCAAAAAUGAGCUUCUUCAUUUCUGCCGGACAGAAUAUAAAGAUAAUCCUGAACAAUUAGCUUUCAUCGAACAAUUCGAAACGAAUUAUCAAAAAGAAGAUGUUCUGCAAUUCUUUCAACAACAACAACAUUUUCUAUACAAAAUGUUAAACAAAGGCUUUCGCAUACCCGAAGUUGAUAUUCUAUUCAAACUGCGUUUGUUCAUUCAAAAUCUUCAUCAAUUCAUUAUUGCAUCAUCGAACAACAAUAGUUAUAUGCUCGUCGACGAACAAGUCUUAGUUACAUUUGGUUUAGUCACACGAGUCAUAAGUAUUGACAAAGAUAAGAACGGAAAGACAAUUGUACACUUGACAACCAUUACUGGAGAUGAUCGACAGUAUGACAAGAUUAUUGAGCCAAUGAGAAAAGAAACACGUGCGCCGCAUCCAUCACUUCGAAUUGUGAAAUUGUUUGUUGAACUAGAACAGUAUUCCUAUGCAGUUCACCUCGGUCAAAUUUUGUUAGCGGACUCUCCGACGGCGAAAAAAGAUCCUCUCUUGGCAUUGGCACGUACUUAUCAUUCAUUGGGAACAGCGUUGUAUGAAAAAGAAGAAUUCGAUGAGGCACUCUUUAUAAUCAAGAAAUCUCAUGAGAUUUACUUACGAUUUCUUCCUGAAGAUGCGCCGCAGUUAUCACCAACAUGGAAUAAUAUGGGUUCGAUCUAUUUACGACAGGGAAAUACUGAACUAGCAUUGGAAUAUCAUCAACGUGCCUUGAAUAUUCAGUUGAAAUCACCUAGCCCAGAUCUUCCAUCGAUCAUCUCCUAUUCAAAUAAUAUUGGCGGAGUUUACUUAAAACUAGAACGGUAUGAUGAAGCACUUGUUCACUUUAAACGUGCCUUACAAAUUGAAGUACAAACUCUACCGAAAAAUCAUCCAGAACUAGCAGGAACUUAUCAUCGCAUUGGUGGUGUUUACUUUCGACAGAAUAAUUACGAAAAGGCACUGGAAUAUUACGACAAAACCCUCGAAAUUGAACUGGCUGCUUUACCCGAUCGUCAUCCCACAGUUGCUGUCACGUAUCAUAAUCGUGGCACAGCUUUAGAAGGUCUAGGCAGACUCGAAGAGGCUGUUGAAAGUGCCGAGAAAGCUGUAGAGCGUUUAUUGAAGACUCUCCCGAAAGACCACACGCAAGUACGAAUGAAUCAAGCGUAUGUCGAUCGAUUAAAACAAAAACUAUGGGUUAAACAAUUGUUUACUACUUAA